UAUUGAUAGGCAUGAUUCUAGGCUCUAUCUUAGGCAUAAUAUACUUAGCUGUUGACUAGAUAAUUAAAGAUUUUUACAAAAAUUACAAAAACUCUAAUAGAUAUUUUUUUCUUUCCUUUACCUAAAGGCAGGACAAUAAAUCAUCACAACAAAUAUUGUGUGAAUUCAAAUGUAAUACGCUUUCUACCAACGUGUAAGAUUUGAAACAAGAACUCUUAUUAUCUAGCCACAUUAUACGUCUAGGUUGGACACACGAGUUUAUAUUUGUUGAAAAUGAUUUUGAUUUUGAUACAAUACAAUUAUUAAGUGAGACUGCCUAAUAAGAGAUCCAGGCAACUUACCGAGGCAAUGUGCGUGAAGUGAGAUCUAAGGUGGUGAGAUCAAACUCAACGCACACCCUACAUUGAAGAAAGACGCUCUACCAGCAUCUGCUUCGCCAGCAAUUGCCUCAAGGGUUUACCUUAGAGGGUUGCAUGAAGGGUUCUUUAUUAUUCUCUGCUAUUAAAACUGAGAAAAAGAGCUUAAUCUAGGUAGUUUGGGUAUUUUGUGGCUAAAUGAGUUGGACAAAGAGAUAGGAUAAGAGUCAUACAACAAUAAGAGGUCUUCAUUUAUUGGCCACUUGAGGCUAAUAUUGCUAGUAGUUCCUCUAAUAGUUUUUGUAUUUCACACUAUGAAGUCCUUGUCACUUAGUGUAGGUAUAACCACCAGUUUUAAUAAGAUAAUUACUGUAAGUAGAUUAUUUAUGCUCCCUAAAGAUAAAUGCUAUCCCCUUCAAUGAUAAAGAUCAAAUAACUGAUAUUUGAUAUAUCUUUGUCAAAAAGAAAAAGAAAAAAAAAAUUGAUAUAGGAUAAGUAACUCCAACAAAAAUGAGGUCAAUUUUAGAGUAGAUAAUGUGAAAAAGGAAAGGAUGAGUAUAUUUGAAAAGAAUCUUGAGUUUUAAUCAUGAAGAUUGUGAUUUUCCUUUGGGUUAGAGUUCAAACUUGUCUCUAGAUGCAAAGAAAGUUCAUCAAAGCUUAGUCAACAUUAUAAAGGCUGCGUCGCUGCGCUGUAUAAUUUAAUACUCAUAGGUUAUAAAAAGAAAUUAAUUAUAAAUUCUUGAGAAAUUUUCAAAGAAAUAAUUCAGAAUUUUCAAAGAAAUAAUUUUCCUUGCAGGAUGAGUAAAUGUAUUACUUCACCCCAUUUAUAACUGUUUAUCAAAUAGGCCGCGAAAGUGCUUGCAUAUUGCAUAUUGUUUAUAUGGAAAAUAAUGUCUUCAAAAGUGAAUAGCUUGAUGGCGUGAACCCAAUGCUAACGAUAUUUUGAAUCCAAUAUGUGAUGUUCCUUGGUCAAGAUGACCAAAAUAUUGAACAAACCUCGUCAAUUAAACUAAUAAUUAUAAUCUAUGCCUUUUUUGUUAGGAAAAGAAAAGGUCUUCUUAACCCAACGCUGAUAGAUUUUGAAACAAGACAAUUUCAACAUCUGAUUUUUUCAAGUAUUAUUUCUAUAAGUUAAUCAAGAAAUUUCAGCUUCAAAUAUAUACAGAUUAAAGAAGCCAAAGUUAAUAGCAAGGUAUAUACUGUAUGUAUUUUUUAGAGCUCUUUCUAAAACUACUUGCCACUUGCAGAUUAAGCUAAGAAACCUCCAAAUUCUGGUACUUUGGGGAUAAUAACAUGGGACAAGAAUGGAUUGUAUACAGUUUUGUAGCUCGAGGGGUGGUUAUAUUGGCUGAGCACACCACCCGACCUAGCAACUUACCGAGCAUUGCUGCUCAAUGGCUCGAGAAUCUCCCUGCUGAUCCUCACAAGAAAUUCACCAUGAAAUACGAUGGCCACACUUUUAAUUUCCUAGUUGAAGAGGGAUAUGGGCCAUAUGUUUACGGUGUUGUAGCCAGAGAAACUGUGGGAACACAACAGAUUCUAUUCGAGUUUCUUGACCGAAUCAGACAGGACUUCAAGAAAAGAUAUGGUCAUGGUGAAGGGGAUGCUGCCACUGCAAAAAGUCUCAGUAAGAAAUUUGGGCCUAUAAUGAAGCAGAAUAUGCAAUGGGUUGUUGAUCAUGCUGAAGAAAUUGAUAGGGUUGCAAAAGUGAAAGCUCAAAUUUCCGAGGUCCAAGUUAUCAUAACCGACAAUGUAAACAAGAUUCUUGAGAGAGGUGAGCAAAUAGACACUGUUGUAGACAAGGCUGAGAAACUACAUGAUUCGUCUCUUGAGUACAGAAAUAGAGCAAUAGAGAUAAGACGGAAGAUGUGGUAUCAGAAUGCCAAAAUAAAACUAAUCAUCCUAGGAGUAAUUUUUCUGAUUUUGGCAUUGGUUAUUUGGGCUUCAAUUUGCAACGGUUUUAAUUGUAGCUGACCGCUGUGCUUUGUGGACACUGGACUGGCUGUGUAUAUGGGUAUGGUGUAGAAGGGCACAUUGUCAAUAUUUGAUUUCAUGCUUUUAUGUCAAUUGUGAAGUUUUCGGUUUUGAAUGUCAAGUAUUUUUUCUUUUUGGUACUUACAGUAAUAAUUAUAAAUGUUGCUAUUAUUCUGCAUUAAUAAAGUUCCAAGGGUUUAUACACUAGUUACUCUAAAAGAAGGGGGAAAUUAUAUCAACUAUUGAGCAAGUGAUAAAAUUCAUAAAAAUGAGUGACAAAUAGCUUUAAUAAAGGAUUGUAGGUCACAUGCCUUCAAAAAAAAAAAGGACUGUAGGUCAUAUACUUGUAUUUUUUCUAUACAAUUUUUCAAAUUUUUGUU